AUGAAGAUGCUUCCAGGAGUGGGUGUGUUUGGGACUGGCAGCUCCGCCCGGGUUCUGGUCCCAUUGCUGAGGGCAGAAGGGUUCACCGUGGAGGCCCUGUGGGGGAAGACUGAGGAGGAGGCGAAGCAGCUUGCCGAGGAGAUGAACAUCACCUUCUACACCAGCCGGACUGAUGAUGUCUUGCUUCAUCAAGACGUGGACCUGGUGUGCAUCAACAUCCCCCCUCCACUCACCCGGCAGAUAUCUGUGAAGGCUCUAGGUAUUGGGAAGAAUGUGGUUUGUGAGAAGGCAGCAACAUCUGUGGAUGCCUUCCGGAUGGUGACAGCCUCACGCUACUACCCACAGCUGAUGAGCCUGGUGGGGAAUGUGCUGCGCUUCCUGCCUGCCUUCGUGCGCAUGAAGCAGCUGAUAGCAGAGCACUAUGUGGGCGCAGUGAUGAUCUGCGACGCCCGUGUCUACUCGGGCAGCCUGCUCAGCCCCAGCUACGGCUGGAUCUGUGAUGAACUCAUGGGUGGUGGGGGCCUACACACCAUGGGCACCUACAUUGUGGACCUGCUGACCCACCUGACCGGCCGGAGAGCUGAGAAAGUGCACGGGCUGCUCAAGACCUUUGUGAGGCAGAAUGCUGCCAUCCGCGGCAUCCGGCAUGUUACCAGUGAUGACUUCUGUUUCUUCCAGAUGCUCAUGAGUGGGGGUGUGUGCAGCACUGUGACACUCAACUUCAACAUGCCAGGUGCCUUUGUGCAUGAGGUCAUGGUGGUGGGCUCUGCGGGACGCCUUGUUGCCCGGGGAGCUGACCUCUACGGGCAGAAGAACUCUGCCACACAAGAGGAGCUGCUACUGAGGGACUCACUGGCCGUGGGCACAGGGCUACUUGAGCAGGGGCCCCAGGAUGUCCCACUGCUCUACUUGAAGGGCAUGGUCUACAUGGUGCAGGCCUUGCGCCAAUCCUUCCAGGGGCAGGGGGACCGCCGCACCUGGGACCACACCCCUGUCUCCAUGGCCGCCUCAUUUGAGGAUGGGCUGUACAUGCAGAGUGUGGUGGACGCCAUCAAAAGGUCAAGCCGAUCUGGGGAGUGGGAGACUGUGGAGGUUCUGAUGGAGGAGCCCGACACCAACCAGAACCUGUGUGAGGCGCUUCAGCGAAAUAACUUAUGAGCCUGUGUUUGGGCUCGCUGCCACAGGGCAAAGGGACCAGGGAGGGGACCAGGAGCCAUGAUGGGGGGCUUGACUGUAGCAGAGAGAGAAUGUCUUUCAUUUAAUGAGUCAUCUGGGUUGGGGCUGUGUGAAGCCGAGGGCGGCCCUAGGAAAACGCCCCCUCCAAUGGUUCAUUUACCCCUCAGACUUGCAGGGCAAUGGGCAUUACUGGCCGUGGCACCGAGGGUUAGCAACGUGUGCAGGGCAGAGGUGCUGCUAGGUUAUGCUAGUGAGGAUUUAUGGGCUCUUCUGCCUGACUUGUGGUCCUACCAGGAUAAGAAAGCACAGGAAGCCAGCCUGGCUGAUUCCUUAGGCCUGAGGAGAAAUGACCAGAAGCCUUGUUUCCAUGCCCUUUUUUGGGCUGGGUCAUCUCAGGAAUGGUGAGGGCAACAAAUCAUCCCUCAGGGAUCCUCUCCUACCCUCCUACAUGACCAGGCCCUUCUAGCCUCCAUGCUGACCCUUCCCUAACGGGAAGUAGGGCCCUUCAUUUAUUAGGUGACCUUUCAGGGGCUAUCUGACUUAGGGAAGAGGGCUCCUGAUUUGGCAGACAGGAGACAAGGGAGUGCUUUAGGACAUCUGAUAAAAGUCAAUAAAUAAACCAGAAAAUAUGACAUCA